CCGACUUCCCUUCCCUACCCUGCUAGGCUGCGUCGCGCGCUCACCGCCCAGCCCGCAGAGCUCGCGCCGCGGCAGCCUAGCCGCUCGGCCCCGCCGCGCUCGCAGAGGCCGCCAUGGGCACUGCGCGCUGGUUCGCGCUGGGCAGCCUCCUCGCCCUGGCUAGGCUGCUGGAAGGCCGGCUCGUGGGCGAGGAGGAAGCCGGCUUUGGCGAAUGUGACAAGUUCUUCUACGCCGGGACCCCGCCUGCGGGGCUGGCGACCGAUUCCCACGUGAAGAUCUGUCAGCGCGCGGAGGGCGCUGAGCGCUUCGCCACCCUCUACAGCACUCGGGACCGCAUCCCCGUGUACUCCGCGUUCCGCGCCCCGCGCCCUGCGCCCGGCGGCGCCGAGCAGCGAUGGUUGGUGGAGCCGCAGAUCGAUGACCCCAACAGCAAUCUUGAGGAGGCGAUUAAUGAGGCAGAGGCCAUCACCUCUGUGAACAGCCUGGGAAGCAAGCAAGCCUUGAAUACAGAUUACCUUGAUUCUGAUUACCAAAGAGGACAGCUAUACCCGUUCUCCCUUAGCAGUGAUCUCCAGGUGGCCACAUUUACUCUCACAAAUUCAGCCCCAAUGACUCAGUCCUUCCAGGAACGGUGGUACGUGAAUCUCCACAGCCUAAUGGACCGGGCUUUGACCCCACAGUGUGGCAGUGGGGAAGACCUAUAUAUCCUCACAGGCACAGUGCCCUCAGACUACAGAGUUAAAGACAAAGUGGCAGUCCCUGAGUUUGUUUGGCUGGCGGCCUGUUGUGCUGUCCCUGGAGGUGGCUGGGCCAUGGGCUUUGUCAAGCACACCCGGGACAGUGACAUCAUAGAAGAUGUGAUGGUAAAAGAUCUUCAGAAACUGCUUCCAUUUAACCCUCAGCUGUUUCAGAACAACUGUGGUGAGACUGAGCAAGACACAGAGAAAAUGAAAAAAAUCCUGGAAGUGGUUAACCAAGUCCAGGAUGAAGAACGAAUGGUGCAAUCUCAAAAGACUUCUAGUCCCCCCUCUAGCACCAGGAGCAAGAGGUCUGCUCCGUUGCCUCCAGAGGCAUCUGAGGGAAGUAGUAGCUUUUUGGGAAAACUCAUGGGCUUCAUUGCUACCCCAUUCAUCAAGCUUUUUCAAUUAAUUUAUUACCUUGUGGUAGCAAUCCUGAAGAACAUUGUCUAUCUCCUGUGGUGUGUUACCAAGCAGGUGAUUAAUGGCAUAGAAAGUUGUCUUUACCGCCUGGGGUCAGCCACCAUCUCAUACUUCGUGGCCAUUGGGGAAGAGUUGGUGAGCAUUCCCUGGAAGGUGCUGAAGGUUGUGGCCAAAGUCAUCAGGGCUAUUCUCCGGAUCCUUUGUUGUCUGCUGAAGGCCGUUUGCCGAGUUCUGAGCAUCCCUAUCCGUGUCCUUGUGGAUGUGGCCACUUUCCCUGUGUAUACCAUGGGCGCUAUUCCAAUUGUAUGCAAGGACAUUGCACUGGGCCUUGGUGGCACUGUCUCACUGCUCUUUGACACUGCUUUUGGUACCCUGGGUGGCCUAUUUCAGGUUGUUUUUAGUGUCUGCAAGCGGAUUGGCUACAAGGUUACUUUUGACAAUUCUGGGGAGUUAUAAACUCAAAAAACUAAUAGUAUCCAGUCACCGUGAAUUUGAAAGCUGGAAUAUUUUGUCUUUACAAUGGGUUUCUGUUCACUGUCAGUUAUCAUUAUAUUUUGGCCUUUGGUGGGGAUGUCUGCUUGUUUUUGCAAAAGAAGAUGGCAGAAUUUAGACUUGACAGAGGAGAAAUGCUCAGGGUGAGAUUAGGUGUAGUAAUCUGCUGUUUACCUCCAGUUAUGUGUGCAAACUCCCAAGCCACUAAUAACUUCAGUUAUGCACUCUGACAUAGAUGACCACCUGAAACGCACUGGUAUUUAUUUCUGAUGAUUAAAAAUUACAGGAGAGGGAAGAAUUAGAAAAAGAACAACUUUAAACCAAAAGUGUCUGAGAAAAGGACAAAGGGAGCUUGUUCUUCCCAUUGCUUUUUGUGAUUUAAGGCAAAACAGAUAAAAAAAAAUUCUGCAGCCAAUUUCUCAGCAUUUGCUUAUCUUUCUCCCCAAUUUAACUGACCUUGGUGGAAUGCAGAUAAUGCCUCUCUGUUGAAAUGACCUUGUGGGGAUGUAGAAUUUUCUGUAUCUCUUAGCUUUUCUUGGCUCUCAAGGAUAUGUACAGUUUUCAUUUUCUCCAAAGUUGAAUUUUGCUACAUUUUUCUUUUAGGUGAUUAUAAGCACUUUAAAAAAAA